GAUUCUGGUAAAGAUGCGGGACGGUUUUCUGCAGCGUGGCAGUUAUACAAGGCUCAAGAGGAGCUUAUAAAGGUUGCUAAGCAAUAUGGUGUGAAGCUAACCAUGUUCCACGGUCGUGGUGGGACUGUUGGAAGAGGAGGUGGGCCUACCCAUCUUGCCAUAUUGUCUCAACCUCCAGAUACCAUUCAUGGAUCACUCCGUGUUACUGUUCAAGGUGAGGUCAUUGAGCAAUCAUUUGGAGAGGAGCACUUGUGUUUUAGAACACUCCAACGUUUCACGGCUGCUACUUUGGAGCACGGUAUGCACCCCCCGGUGUCUCCAAAACCGGAAUGGCGUGCAUUGAUGGAUGAGAUGGCUAUCAUUGCAACAGAAGAGUAUCGUUCCAUUGUUUUCAAAGAACCCCGAUUUGUGGAAUAUUUCCGCCUUGCUACGCCAGAGUUGGAAUACGGUCGGAUGAACAUUGGAAGUCGUCCAUCAAAGCGUAAGCCAAGUGGAGGUAUUGAAUCACUCCGUGCAAUCCCAUGGAUCUUUGCGUGGCUACAAACAAGGUUUCAUCUUCCAGUGUGGCUAGGCUUUGGAGCAGCAUUUAAACAUGUUAUUCAGAAGGACAUUAGAAAUCUCCAUAUGCUGCAGGCGAUGUACAAUGAAUGGCCAUUUUUUAGGGUCACCAUUGAUUUGGUCGAGAUGGUGUUCGCGAAGGGAGACCCAGGUAUUGCUGCUUUGUAUGACAAGCUCCUUGUUUCAGAAGAACUGUGGCAAUUUGGAGAGCGGUUGAGGGUCAAUUAUGAAGAAACAAAGGCCCUUCUCCUACAGACUGCUGGACACAAGGAUCUUCUUGAAGGGGACCCCUACUUGAAACAAAGACUCCGGCUGCGAGAUUCCUACAUUACUACCCUUAAUGUUUGCCAAGCCUACACACUGAAGAGAAUCCGGGAUCCAAACUACCUUGUGAAGGUGCGUCCACACAUCUCCAAGGAGUUUAUGGAAAUAAGCAAAGCAACUGAUGAACUUGUGAACCUGAACCCAACAAGCGAGUAUGCCCCUGGUUUGGAGGAUACCCUCAUCUUGACGAUGAAGGGUAUUGCUGCAGGCUUGCAGAACACCGGUUAGACACCUGUGAUUUCUGUGUUUUUCUUUUUGCUGUUUUUCUCUGCAGAGAAUUUGCCCCAAGAAACCAUAAAUUAUAUGCACCAGAAGUGGAUGUUCUUUUAUUAUCCACAUCCAGGUCAUAAUUUCGGUAACCCUAUUCAGCUGUAAUGUUAUAUUCCCCCGCCGCAAGAGUUGAACUCGAUGGAACUUUGUAUUAUGCUUUGCUACAAAAUGUUCUAUGAGCAUUAUAUUUGAGUACU